AUGAUGUCUUUUCAGCCACCGCGGUUCAAGGUCAUCGCCUGUUACGAGGUAUCUCAUCGGCGAUUGGCGUAUGUACACAUUUGUGAUUUGUGCUAUGGUAAGGCAUCAAGGUCGCACACAGCCUACGUAGACGCUCGUGGCUAUCUAUGUAAAGGUAAUUGGCGUAGCAUAGUGUCGGAAACACAGCGGUUCGAAGCGUUACGCAUGGUGUUACCACUUCGUCCAAUCGCCAGCGACUUGGAUGGCGAGGGAAGUCUUUGGUUGGUGCUACGCCGCGAUUAUCUGAGCUCCUCUCCUGCAUUUGAUUCAGUGCUCUUUGAAGCUAAUGUCCGAGGUAGAGAAUCAGCGAGCUCUAUACUACUCUCGGCUCCGCUCUAUUUGGUAGCUGGGCUUCAUAUUACUGCGCUCAUCGAGUGUGGCGGCACAGGCAUUUGUUCUCGUAUGCAGUAUCUACGUCCUGAGAGCACACCGGUCUCUUCCUAUACCGACCACAGAGUGCGUUGUAAGACAGCCGGGGGAUGUUCAGGACGACCAGGAUAUACCCAGUGCGCCUGCUCGCUUUUGCCUCUAGCCUCAGGAACUAGAGCCCGGUAG